CGCGGCGGCGUCGCGGCAGCCGCGCCCGCCCGGCCGCGCGUGUGCGGGGCGGCACCGGCGGAGCGGCGGCCCGGGCGCGCCCAGCUCCGCCACGGCAGCCCCGCUGCAGCGCCGCUGUCCCCGCAGGCAAGGGCGACACGCGGGGCUGGUGGCGGCCCGGCUGAGCUCCGCGAUCCGUGCGCGGCGCAUCCUCCCGGCUGCUGCGGUGAUUCCCUGGUGUUGAAAAUUGCAGCUCCAUCAUCUCAGAAAAUACAGCUUCAGCCAUGUCGUCACCCAGCAGCAAUUGCCCACACCUGGAAUCAGUUGGUGAGAUAACAAAGGAGGAAUUGAUACAGAAAUCUCAUGGCACUUGUCAGGACUGUAAAGUCAGAGGACCCAACCUUUGGGCGUGCUUAGAGAACAGGUGUACGUACGUUGGCUGUGGUGAAUCCCACGUUGAUCACAGUACCACCCAUUCCCAGGAGACAAAGCACUGUUUAACUGUCAACCUUACUACUCUCCGUGUUUGGUGUUACGCCUGUAGUAAGGAAGUAUUCCUGGACAGAAAAUUAGGAUCUCAUUCUCCACUACCAAGCACAAGAUUGUCUCAUCAAGCACAAGAAAACAGUGUGCAGGAUUUUAAAAUACCCAGUAAUCCCACACUGAAGAUUCCAUUAGCAGCUGUAUUUGAUGACUUAGAUAUAGAAGUGGAAGAAGAUGAAUUGAAGACCAGAGGUCUAACAGGAUUAAAAAAUAUUGGAAACACUUGUUACAUGAAUGCAGCUUUACAAGCUCUUUCCAACUGCCCACCUUUGACACACUUUUUUCUUGACUGCGGGGGCUUAGCCCGAACAGAUAAGAAACCUGCAAUUUGUAAAAGUUACCUCAAGCUGAUGACAGAACUCUGGCACAAAAGCAGGCCUGGAUCUGUUGUUCCUACUGGUUUAUUUCAAGGAAUUAAAACUGUUAAUCCAAUGUUUCGAGGCUACUCUCAACAGGAUGCACAAGAAUUUUUGCGUUGUCUAAUGGAUUUGCUUCAUGAGGAACUUAAAGAACCAGUUGUAGAACUGGAAGAUGCCCAGCCUAUGAGUGUUGAAGAGAGUAUGGAAGAAGAUAAGAGCCAGUCAGACUUAAGCUUUCAGCCCUGUGAAUCCUGUGGUAACUGUGAGAAAACAGAAAAUGACACAAUUUUCAAACCUGUCUUGGAGGAUCCUGCAGAAACAACCAUGUUAAUUCAGGAUGAUGAUAACAAUUCAGUCACAUCUAAAGACUGGCAGAAAGAAAAAAUAUCAAGCAAUAAACUUAAACGAGCAAAUUCUAUGGAAGACUUGGAAAAAGACACAAACACUGCUUCAGAGACCACUGAAUUUUUAAAUAACCAAGGAACUGUCAAAGUACAGAUACACAGCAGAUUCUCAGAAUACAUCAAUGACGUUCACAUGAAUGACGUGUCUGCAGCCCAAACACCAUCCUCAGUUGAAGGGAUGAACACACGCUUAUCAAACAGCCCUCCAAAAUCAUUCCCAUCGUGCUCUUCACUGGCACAAGUCCACAAAAAAGUUUCAACGGUAUCGUCGCCAAAAAGGAAGAAGCGCAAGAAGUACAGGAGUGUUAUCUCUGAUAUAUUUGAUGGGACUAUAAUAAGUUCAGUCCAGUGCUUGACCUGUGAUCGGCUGUCUGUAACACUGGAGACCUUUCAGGAUCUGUCCUUGCCUAUUCCCGGUAAGGAAGAUCUUGCUAAACUCCAUUCUGCAAGUCAUCAGACGUCUCUAGUCAAGGCAGGGUCAUGUGGAGAAGCAUAUGCCCCCCAGGGAUGGAUAGCCUUUUUUAUGGAAUACUUCAAAAGAUGUUUCAGGUUUGUUGUCUCAUGUGUUCCUAGCUGGUUUUGGGGUCCAGUUGUAACCUUACAAGAUUGUCUUGCUGCCUUUUUCGCCAGAGAUGAGCUUAAGGGUGAUAACAUGUACAGCUGUGGAAGGUGUAAAAAGUUAAGAAAUGGAGUGAAAUUCUGCAAAGUCCAAAAAUUUCCUGAGAUCCUGUGCAUUCAUCUCAAAAGAUUUAGACAUGAACUCAUGUUUUCCACAAAAAUUGGGACCCAUGUGUCUUUUCCCUUGGAAGGCCUUGACCUUCAGCCUUUCCUUGCAAAGGACAGUCCAGCUCAAAUCGUGACUUACGAUCUCCUGUCUGUCAUCUGCCACCAUGGAACUGCCAGCAGUGGACAUUAUAUAGCUUAUUGUCGCAACAAUUUAAAUAACUUGUGGUAUGAAUUUGAUGACCAGAGUGUCACAGAAGUAUCCGAAUCCACAGUACAAAAUGCAGAAGCUUAUGUUCUCUUCUACAGAAAGAGCAGUGAAGAAGCACAGAGAGAGAGGCGGAGGAUAUCAGGGCUGCUGAACAUGAUGGAACCCAGUCUCCUGCAGUUCUAUGUUUCCAGGCAGUGGUUAAAUAAAUUCAAGACUUUUGCAGAGCCGGGACCAAUUUCAAAUAAUGACUUUCUCUGUAUGCAUGGAGGUGUUCCUCCACACAAAGCUAACUUCAUAGAGGACCUUGUUGUAAUGCUACCUCAAAAUAUAUGGGACAAUCUGUAUAGCAGAUACGGAGGAGGACCAGCUGUUAACCAUCUGUAUGUUUGUCACACCUGCCAAAUAGAGUCUGAAAGAAUUGAAAAAAGAAGGAAAAAUGAAUUGGAAAUGUUUAUACGGCUUAAUAGAGCAUUCCAAGAAGAAGAAUCUCCAUCAACGUUUUACUGCAUCAGCAUGCACUGGUUCAGAGAAUGGGAAGGCUUUGUAAAGGGUAAAGACAGUGAUCCUCCUGGCCCCAUUGAUAAUGCUAAGAUUGCAGUAACAAAAUGUGGCAAUGCUGUGCUGAAACAAGGUGCAGAUUCUGGACAAAUAUCAGAAGAAACAUGGAAUUUUCUUCAGUCAAUCUAUGGUGGAGGUCCAGAGAUUAUACUCAGACCACCUGUUCCUCCAGUAGAACCUGAUAUAUUGCAAACAGAAGAGAAGAUUGAAUUAGAAACUCAUGGUCUGUAGCUAUUGAGAAAAAGAUGAACUUGUAAGGAAUCCAGCUUCCUUACAAAAUGCCCAAAACACAUUCCUAAAAGUUUUAUUCUCUUAUGUCUGUUGGAGGCACAGCUCACUGGGCAUUGCAUUAACUACAGAAUAGUAAGUUGAAAUAUGUAUUGCAAUUUGUUUAAAUAGCAACUGUUUCUCUGUUUUGGAAGGCAUGUGGUUUGUACAUUUUGGAAUGUUUGGUCCAUGGGAAAAAUGUAAUUUCUGAAUUUUUUGCUAAAACUCAAAAUCCUAUUAUAUCCUUAGACUUGAAAAACAGGGACAAAUUUGAGAUGUUCAGUAACUCUUCUGGUUCCUGAUUGGGCUUCUGAUAUCUACGAACUUUUGCCUGUCUUAAUUGUACAGUCUUGACAAGCGUGGGUAUGUGAGGAGUAUAUUUUAAAUGGACUGUAAUCAAAGAUAAAGAAAAAGGAUUUUCAUUUCCUAAAUGCUCAGGAAAAAAUUGUCUCUUACUUUGCACUGUAAGUAUAUGAAAUGGGUAUUAUAUAACAUCCAAAUACUUAUUGUAUUUGAGUGGCUUAAAUAUUAGGAUAAUGGUUUAGUCAGCAAAUGUCAUAACUUAUUACUACUAAAUUUUACAUCUUAUUAUAGUCUUCUGUAACUCUAUAUACCUGGCUAGUGUCUUUAAUAGUAUAUGUGGCAAAAAGAUUUAGUCUUCUCUAGGGUAACAUUUGAGAGCAUGAAGUGUGAAAUGUAAAAUUACUAUGGACAUGAGUGAUAUAAAUUUCAGAAAAUUAAAUUGUCUGGUCUCUUGAAUUACAUUCAUAAGCAUUUAUAUUUGAAGGAUUUUACUGUAUUGUUAAACAGUUUCAUUGGCAUGAUGACCUUUAAUGUCAGAAGCUGGAUAAAAUGUAUAUAUUGCAAAACUUUAUUGAAUGAUUCAUAUUGGAAUGCAGAAUGACACUUGCUCAUGUUUUUGCCUGAUAUUGUUACCAAAUAAUAAGCAGCAUUAUUCAAGACUGGAUCAAUAAAAAAACAAACAAA